AUGGCUCGCUCGUCUAUAGUUGUAUCCCUCCUUGGGCCGAACAUCAACGACAAGCACAUCGAUCCUUCUCUUUACGCCGAUAUUUACCGCAAUUAUGUUUUUCCAGCGAUGAAAAAAUACAGCGUCAGACGAAUUUUAGCCAUGGGUACAAUCUCUAUCAAGCAGCCCGAAGACCACUGGACAUUCUUCCAGACCAUGGUCACGAUUGUCAUGCCACUUUUGAAUGGAGCUGUUUACCGCAAUAUGCAUAAUCUUGCUCACUUAUUUGGCAAAGAAGGUCACGAUCUUGACUGGACUAUCUUCCGCAUAGCACAGAUACCUGGAGAGUCUGAUGAGACUAGCUGGAGACAGGACCGGGAUCUCGGACUGUUCACUGGGUGGAUAGGAGAAAAAGGUUGGACAUCAACUCUUAGGCGGGGCGCACUAGCUCGAUGGCUCGUGGAUGGAGUCGAAGGUAAGAUGGACGUUUGGGUGGAAGGCAGUGAUAAUGAUCCAAGCUUGCGGGUGCACGUUGAAAAUGUACUUCAGAGCUAUUUUCAUUAUUGCGAGAUGAGCUUACUGUGGGCUCAUUAUCUUCGUGCUGAGGGCAGCCCACGAAGUGCUCGAGAGCAUAUCAGGAACAGCCACGAUGCCUACAACGGAAAGGCAAAGCUGCUCGACAACUUACCAGCAUUGCGAUAUGCGCGAGAGACUCUUCCGGAACCUGCUGCCGAACUGCCAUGUCCGGUACUGCUUCCCAGCUUCGGGAACGCCUAUAACGUCAAGAAACCAUUUCAAAUCUCGGCACCGAGCAUAUUUCUUCGCCAGUAUUACCCGUACCGAACUGAGACGACAAGUCUUCAAAACAAUCCGGUUUCUGCUCAUAUUAUCGAUGGUUUGCAGCAGUCUUUUCUCCCUUCCAAUAACACGAAGGCGUCGCUUUGCCUAUCACACAACCUACAAGUUACGUCUAUAGCCAGUCUUUUCGGAGGCUAG